AUGCAUUUCACCACCACAGUUGGCUUGAUCUUCGCGGCCAUGACGCCUUUGAGCUCCGCGGCCGUUUGCGAGAACUUCGGAAAUACGGCCAUCCCUAUUUGGCAGGUGCAGGCCAGCGGCGUUGACGACAUCCCCGGAAAGUGUGGCGGCCUAUGGGACAACCUGAACGGCUUUGGCGGCUGCGGCAAGAGCGCUACCUCUUGCGGCGGCUCUAAUGGGAACCUGGUCUGGCGCUUCACUGGCAGCGCCGGCUGCAACGCUGGUGUGGUCGAGUCGACCUGGUACAGUGCAACUAAGAACAAGUUUGGGUCCAUCAACUGUUAG